AAGUUGUGCGCGGACGCGGACAGGGAAAAAAAGGACGGAAAAAUAAUAAUAAUAAAAUAACUUGAAUAUAAUAAUAAUAAAGACAACUAAAUAAUGGAUAGCACAUUCCACGAGGGAUGGCUUAUAAAAUCACCGCCCACAAAGCGUAUUUGGCGUGCACGCUGGCGUCGUCGUUGGUUUACGCUGAAGCAGGGCGAGAUACCGGAGCAGUUUUGCCUUGAAUAUUAUACGGAUCAAUACUGCCGUAAGCUGAAGGGUGUCAUAGAUCUGGAUCAAUGCGAGCAAGUGGAUUGCGGACUGCGUUUGGAGAAUCGCAAGCAAAAGUUUCAGUAUAUGUUUGAUAUCAAGACGCCAAAGCGUACAUAUUACCUGGCUGCUGAGACAGAGGCGAGCAUGCGCGACUGGGUGAACUGCAUCUGUCAGGUGUGUCAUCUGCAUGACACCAAGCAGUCCAAUGAGCUGCCACUGGGCGCCACAGCAGCAUCCACAGCAGCAGCGGCGGCGGCAGCAGCAGCAGCAGCAACUGCAGAUGAGAAUCGCAGUGCACAGCAGCAUACCAGCUCCAGUGGCGCCUUGAGCAAUUCCACGCAAAAUACAACAACCACAUCGCUGCACUCCUCGGCGGGCACAAUGGCCAACUCUCUGCUGCGCCAACGUUCGGCGGUCAUCGAUCAACAGCCGCAGUGCUCGAACAACAACUCGGACUCGGUGUAUGUCAAUACGGAUUACAACAAUCGCGAGACGUUGCUCUGCGAUGCUCACUUUGAUCAGCAACAGUUGCUGUCGGCGGCACAGCAACAACCGCCCCCGUCGCCCGCCACGGCCCUCUAUUUGAAUCAGAGCGCAUUGAUCCAGGCUCAGGCACAGGCAGCAGCCAUGGAACAGCAGCAGCAACAGCAGCAAGCUCAGGCUCAAGCUGCCGCAGCCCGACUCGCUGUUAAUUCGAACGGUGUGGUUAGGAAGUUGCCAGAGCAUUUGGUGUUAACGCAACAAACCUUGCUUGAGGCAAUGGCACAACAACACAGCAGUGUCCAGGCAUCGCCAGCAUUGAGCACCGCCUCUGGACCAUAUAUACCCAUCAGCGAAUGCUUUACGGGCAGUCCCAAACUCCUGCCGGACGGACAUGCAGCUGCCGCGGGUGCAUUAAACAAUUUGGAUCCCAAAUUCUAUGAUACACCGCGCAGUCAUAACAAUAUUGGUCUCAACCUGACCAACGAUCAAUCCUACUCACCCAAAAUAACCAACUGCAGUUUGCAACAAUUGGCCAAUGCCAGCAGCAAGCAGCGCAGUCAACGCUCCGAUUCGGACUCUGAGAGCGUCUUCACCGAUGAUGACGAGUGGGCGCAUCCAUUACCAUUGCGCGAGAAUGUUGAUCGCAGCACGCGCCCCUCGGAUAGCUCCAUUGAGAACGAAUCAUUUGUGCUGACUUAUUCACAGCGCUUUUCCAAAAUGCCAGAGGAUGGAGCUGCUUUGGCGCCUUCAGCAGCUGAUAAGCACUCCAAGCUAAUUGGCGCGAUAACAAACACAGCUGCUGAUGGCGCCGGAGAACAUCAUACGCUGGAGAAGUUGGCCAAGGUGCUGAAGAACAAAAAUAAUCUCAUACUGGACUUUAAGGAAAAUGAAAAAUUAUCACGCGAUUUGCCGCAGCUGUCGGAUACGGAGAACACAUCUCCAGCGAUUGUUGCUCGACGGCAUGCCAAUUCCUCGUUGAUCGAAGAGAGCUAUGACAUUCCACGUUCGCAUCAGUUGCCCUAUUGCAAUGUGGGACAGUUGCUGGGCGAGCGGCCGGUCACCAGUCCGCACAACUCCAAUCCCAUUGCUGCCUCCACGCCGAAUCUCAUGGCUGAUGCAAGUGCUGCACCAAUAGUUAAUCCCAGCUCGGCGGCACCACAUCCAGCGACAGCUACCAAUUCGCCCACAAGUGCACGCACGUUGCCACGCCCACAUUGUUAUACAAAUGCAGCGCCUACGAGGAUGGAGGGCAAUGUAUUUCGUUAUGAUUUUAUUGAGCAAACUGAUUGCCCGCCUGUUAAUCGAAAGCUAAAGCCCAAGGUGGCCAAUCCGCCGCCAGAGAUGACCCACAAAACUACCAUGGAGGAUAAGCCACCAGAGGAGUUUCCGGCUAAACCACCAGUGUGCGCCAUGGAGCAAUUAAGUAGCAAAUUGUGCGCCACAAAGCUGCAGUCAACUGGACCGCCAAGUGUGGAUCGUAAAUGCAAACCAAAUGUCUACAAACUGGGCUCUUCGGCCACAAUGUCGGCGGCAACGCGUCGCUCUUCGGGGGCACCACUUACAAUGGUGCUGCCACAUGAAACAGAUGUACAUUCGCCAGCUGCUGUUGGCUAUUUCCAUGAAACACGCACUCUGCCACGCCAGCCGCAUCGCCCGCAUCCCAACAGUCCCGGUAGUCAAUCAGUGCAGCAUCAACGCACUGCUUCGGCAGCAGCAGCCAUGACUUCAUCAUCGGCGGUGGCAGCAGCAGCUGCGGCAGCGGCAAUGAAACAAUUGCAGCAGGCAGCAGUACAGCAGCCGGAGCAUAAGCUGCAAUACUUUGAUCUAGAUGUGACUAACAAGCCGCCUCUACUUAAUCGUCAGAGCAUGAGUGUUGGCAAUCUAUAUACCCAAGGCGCUGCUACUGUGGGUGGUGUGCGUCUCGGUGCUGUGGAUGCAUCCGCUGUGCGUGCGCCAGUUAAAAGCAGCGUUGUCUACAACUCUGUGGACUUUGUCAAGACGGAGGCGUUUAAGCGCAUACGCGAGGAGCGCAACAAGGAGAGCAGUGAGAGCGGCAACAAAUGAGCUACGCUUCAUCUUUCGAUUUCCACAUGACUCACAUGAUUAAUGUGCAAUAUUAUAAAGCGCAGUUCAUAGCGUCAUCCGGAUCUUUUGUAGUGCCUAUAAAUACUGUCUAAGCAAAGUGCAAAUUAUACGUGGCUUUGACAUUCGUAUUCAUAUUGAAACGUAUAAACGUAUAACAUACAGAAACACCCACAUUCAUAUCCAUAUAUACAUAUUUACUUAGACGUUAAGUUAUUUAUAUUAAGCAUAUUGUAUUUGUAAACUCAGCCCCUUCUUGGUGUGCUUUUUAAAUGCUGCUGUGCGUCAUGUUAAGAUGAUGUCCUUGUCUUUUGUCAUUGUGCUUCCAAUAAUUUCCACUCGACACACAGCUAAUAAGUGUAGUAAAUUCUCGAAAUCAAAAUGCGAAUAACGUUUUAAGUGCUAUUUUAUAUGUACACACACACACACAUCUACUAUUUAUAUAUUUACACCACGAAUUUUUUUAUGGUAACGAAUUCUUUACAAUUAUUAUUAAAUAAGUAUAACUCGUGUGCGACACAAGCUGUGGCUUGAUAUUGUGCUUUAAUAAACAUUUUUUAACAUAAAAGUA